AUGGAGGACUUUGACGGCAACAUAACAUACGCAGAGUAUACAACAUUUCAAGUAGCUGACGAAGCAGAUAAAUACAGAAUUACGAUUGGAGGAUACAAUGGUACGGCUGGUGACUCGAUGGUAGACAACGGCAGCGGGGUCACCCUGAGGUAAACAAAUAGUUGGUUUAUCUAUAAGGAGGAAAACGCCGUGGCCAAUUUCAUAGUCAGAGCCCAAUUUUAUAAUCAACAAUCUCUUAUUUCCUUUUCUUUGCAACCAAGUUAUUCUUACAUCUGUGAUCUUUUUCGAUUCUUUCUACUCUCACGAUAAUCAAUCUCCAUCGCAGACCACCUCUUUUAAUUAAAAUCAUAUUUGAAUUUGGACAAAAUAUGACUUUUCAGAAAGACCUUUAAUACUUUGUUUGAACGCUGAGCAUCUUGAGGGCCUGAUCUCAGGCUAAAGUGCUUACAGACAAAUCAACCACGAAAAUACUAAUACUCCUUCCAGCUUGAAACAUAGUUUGUCUGUAGUACUCAUUUAAGCAGGCGCGUCAUUGCUCUUUCUUUACAGUGGUCGACAAUUUUCAACAAAAGAUGCUGACAAUGAUCUGGACCUCGCUGUGACACCCUGUGCUGUUAGACACCACGGUGCAUGGUGGUAUCAUUCAUGCAGCUGGGCAAAUCUUAAUGGUUUGUAUCAUAGAGGACCUUACAGCACCAGUCGUGUCAGUGAUGGAGUAAAAUGGACCACAUUUAGGGGAAUGCGUUACUCACUACAACGAACUGAGAUGAAGUUAAAGCCAAAACCGUGAAAAAAAAGUGACAUUGCAACAAUUUAACUGUGGCAUCAUUUAAGCUUCGGUCAUAUAGUCACGUCAUCGUUAUGCUAAAAAAGCAGAUGAAAAAAAUGGUAAAGAGUACCCAACGAGGCACUCAUGGGGCUUAUGUCAACAACCCUAGAUACAAUUUGGUGAUACAAAGUGUGAGAAUUUUCAGCAUUACAAGCACAACAUAUCCAGACAUCAGCACUAACCGAUGAUAUAAUUUUCAAUAUACAAUCAUUAAGGUAAUAAAUGUACCAAGGUCGCUUAUUAUGACUAUUGGGGACUUUAAGAGUCCAACGACCCGACGGCAACGAGAACUUCGCUUUAAAAAUGAAUUUGCGUUCUUUCAGUCUUUAUCGCAAUUAUUCCUACUCUCUUACUUUGUCAAGUGUAGGCUAAUUCUCCUGGAGUUGAAUUCCUAGGACCAUAUCCAACGGUUCAGAAAAUGAAAUAAAUUUCGUCGUUGCUUGUUUACUCACUCCAAAAGAUGCGAAAUUAGGCAUUUUCAAGUCGUAGUCGUGCAAAAGCGGGCAAAGAAAUGUACAAACAAGCGCGAUGCACGUGCAAAGUUUUUGUUUGGCUUAUAAAACCUAUUGUUUUAUGACAUUCUCGUCAGCCGUCCGCGUCUUUGGAUCUUAAAGUCCUUAUUAUUGCAGAGAAACUUUAGGUAAUUUCAACGAAUCCUGGAAAAGGAGUCAACAUGAGUUGCGAAAAGAUCCGGAACGUAGCAAGAUAUUAAGACUGGGGUUUAAAAGUGUACACUGCCCCGGGAGACCCCAGAGAAAUCAGUGACUGUAUUUGAUCAACACUUCACACAAAUCGGGCCAUGCUUAGCCAGCUGUUUCGUUAGCCAAAUACAUUCUUCCUACACCUAUUGCCUUUAGAGAAUCCUGACAUCAUCUUUUCUUUAAAGAAACUUAUGGAAAUUAUGUGUAUGAAAUCAUCAAACCUUUAAACUCAAGGAAAGGAUGUGACCUUGAUGGAAUUUCCCGUAAACUGUUGUAAGAAGCGGCACCAAUAAUAAUACCAUCCGUAACGUUUAUCAUUGAUUUGUCAAUAAAGACUGGAAUAUUUCCUGGUUACUGGACAAUUUCAAAAGUAUCCCUGAUUUAUAGGAAAGACAUUAAGUUUGAUCCAAACAAUUGAAGGCCUAUCUCUGUCUUGUUAGGUAUAGGCGAAUCCUUGUUUACAUUUUUUGCCUCACUAGCGUAGGUUUAUCAUUAUCUGAUGAAACUAAUAAAAUGAAAUUUCUGUUAUCUCUGAAAAUGUGAGCCCGAUAUACCAAAUAGCUUCGGAGAAAAUCUCUUUGAAAAACCCUCAAAUUUACAAAGAAUGUAUGAGCUCAUUAACGUUUUGCCACCCAGUAAUUUUGCAAUUUUUAAUUGCUAAUAGUUUACUUUGUUACUGAUUGCAAAGAGCUGAAUCUUGCACAAACUCUAUAAAUUAACCAGCUCUUUUAAUUUUUGAAUCUUCUAUGGGUUAACUCGUAUGCUAAUGCGCAAAAAUGUAAACAAUGACGUCACGAUGAAUCCGCCUUUAACAAUAGUGAAGAUUGCCUUCAACCAGCUUGUUAAGGAUCUACAGGAAUUGAAAAUUCACUCCUAGAAGAUUCUCAACAUGAUUUUAUGCCAAUGCAUUUAACCCUUAGAGCCCUACGUGAAGCCACUAACGACUGGUAUCUAAAUAUUGACAAUACCAUACUAAAUGAUAUACUUUUUCUAGAGCUGAAGAAAGCUUUCGACACUGUCGACCAUCAAAUCUUAUUUCAAGAGUGUAAAUUAUAUGGAGGAGACACUCGUAAUAUUUCCUGGCUUACCUCUUUUCUUUCGGAUCGCACAAAGUGUACCUAUGUAGGCGGUUCUCUUUCGAAGAAACUGCCAAUUGUCUUUGGAGUGCCUUAUGGGUUAGCCUCCCACGCAGACGUUCUUAGGGGUUCGUCACGCGUUCCUGCCCCACACGUGGUGGGGCAGGAAAGCGUGACGAACCCUAAGAACGUUUGUGUGUGAGGCUACUUAAGGGUCUGUGCUCGGACCCCUGCUUUUCUUUUUCUACAUCAGCGAUCUCCAAGCGGGAAUUGGGUAAGUAUGUAUGAGACAGCACUUAUUCAGAAGAGGAGCUUUUUCAAGUAUAAAUGGUACGUGGUGCAACUAAAUGACGAGAUAGCUGACGUAUUUUGAAUCAAUCCGUGAAGCAGUUUAUGCAAAGGAAAAUACACCAGCUUUAGGAACGGGAUGAACAAAAUUGUUCGAAACAAAUGGGUUGCUUACUAAUUGGGGCACCCUCCGCGACAUUCUGAUAAAAAAAUUUGAAUUACAGAGGUUGUGUUAGAAAAAUGGCCGGGUGGGUUUUACUUGUUUUUGCCACAACUGUUUAUGGAAUAAGCCGUAUCUCAGAGCCUGAUUUUAAGGCCGUUAACUUCGCUAAAGCAAGAGAAGGAAGGCGGUUAAACAGUAGCGUGAUCAAAGCAAUGAAUGUGGAUUCAGAAGGCGCCUGCAGGCUUCAAUGCGUCAAUGAAGAGCGUUGCCGCUCUUACAACUUUGGAAUCACAAAGAACAAACCCGGAAAGUUCCUGUGCCAGUUGACUGACUCUGAUAGAUUUGCUGGGUUCAGUAAUUUUAAAGAAGAUGAUAAUUUCAAGUACAAAGGGAUACAGGUAACUGCCACUGAACGCAGAAAUGAAAAUAGUUACAAUAUCGGACGUAAAUGCUACACACAGAUAACUUUUCUCUUGUUUCAAACCUGUGUCUCUUGGCUAAGUUUUGGAUCAAAACAGGCAUUUGGCACUGGGUAUUAUCUCGAUACUUAAAAAGCGCUGAAAAAAAGUUCGUGUUUGCUAGUACUAAAUAUGAUUAAGGCACAACAUAACUUCGCGAAAUGAAAAAUUAUUAGUAUUAUUACAAUAUGCUGAUAGACUAACAAAUCGUUUAUGAAAUUAGUAAGAAAGUUUUAUAGUUUGAGGUAGUUGCGAUUUCUCUGUGAGCUAAAGGGCCACACCGUUGCGACCAGUACGGUAAUCAGAGUUCUUCUCAAGAAACGGGAUUUUUUUGGCACGUAAGAAAACUGACAUUCUCAGUGUUCAUAUCAAUUAUGCAUGACAUGUCGAGAAACUAGCCACCUCUCCUUUCUGUUUCACGAAUGAAUUUCAAGUUUCAAUAAUAACGAAAUGAAUUUCAUGUACAAACAAUGUAAACAUUGCUUUCCAAGAAAUUCUACAACUCGUUCACAGAUGCGAUAAAACUACACUUACCAUCUUCUACAACUUUCUCAUAUUUAAUUUUUGUUUCCUCUAUUGUAUCCAUUCCGUUUUCAAUUAUUCAAUAUUUCCCAAUCAAUUAUUCAAAACUUUUCAAUCGCAAACCAAAUGUCCGGCAGUUUGGCAUUUCGCGAGUCAGCUUUACAAUUAACCUAAAAAUAAUUAUAGUAAUUAUUGGAUUCGGCUUUCGCAUGAUUUGAAAAUCUAGGAGGGUAUUAUUCAUUCCGCAAUUCUUAACAUGUUUACCUCGAUCAAUAUUAAUUUUUAAUUUGCGUGGUUCCCGACUUCAUAAAUUUCGGAUAAUAUGCAAAUCUAGGAUAGAAAGGGAUGUUUAGUCUAGCAGAUAUAUUGGGAUCAACUAACAAAUGUUAUCAAGACAUUCGAUGCAAAUUUUUCUUCCUUUUCAUUAGCCGAGAGCCCACCACGUGACCUGCAAAUAACUGCCUGCAAAUAAUGGUCUGCUCAUGCACAAUGUCGUCCACCUAUUAUUCGUCCAGAUAUCAUUCCACUCAUGCCAAAAUGAAACCACGCUUUUCUCCUCCUUGCGAUCGCUUUUGCGUGAAAAUGGCAGAUCGUUUCGCUUCUCCGAAGAUAUUCAUUAAAAAACAAACUUGCUGAUCGAAUGACAAAACUAUUUUCCGUUAACUUGUAUUCUUGCUCAUGUCUUACUGUGUUUUUAGGCAAAAGUUCGGUUUUUUCUUCCGUAAAAUUUCCACCAUUUUCCCCAGCUACAGCCAAAACUACUAAGCUAACGGAACCUCGAUCCCUUGGGCUUCUCGGUUGGCGUGAAAUAUCCUGUAUUAGUAUUUACCGAAUAGGUGAAUUGCAAUUUUCGCGAGUUUGAUUGGCUCCCGUAACUCGGAAUAUCCUUGGCUAUUCACUGUUUUGCGACCGGAGCCAAGAUAGCAUCUCAUUUCGAGACAUUUUCGGAAGACGAAAUUUGAGCGAUAAAAGAAGCAGUCGUACAAACAAAUACCAAGAGAGCGACGAACUUUGGCUUGUCGGUGUUUACUGGUAGGUAGAAAAUUAUUUUCUGCUGAAUUAUAUUUGCAACAAAAUCAUAAAAAUGCAUUUGAAAAAAUCCCCGAAAGGUUUGUAAAUUGUAAACAAACUUCCUACCAAGUGACGAUUUUAAUUUAUAAAAAGUUGCUUUUUUUCAUUUUUAUCCAACUGCUUUGGUAAAUACUAAAGCAACUUUCCCCCUCAGGGUCGGUGAACAGCGCUAGAUAUAUACCUCGAUGCUUCGCGUCUUGGUUUAUUCACCUCCCCUUCGGGGGAUAGUUGUAUACUAUUCGUGGAAUGCAUUUUUCUUAAAGACCUUUGAAUGGAAUGCAUUUUUCUUAAAGACCUUUGAAUGCAGAGGUUCACUCAACUCGUACAAGAAGCAAAUGACUUUAAUUUGCCGUCUCUCAUUCGUAGGAAACGACAUUUACUCGAACAAAUCACCACCUGGAACCCCACGACCACCAGCAUAAUGAUGUAAAUAUUGAUAUCAGUGCUGACUUUUGGGGGCCGAAUCGCAGACGUUUCGCCUGCGAAACGUCCCUAGCGGCGAGGGCCGAGAAGAGACGGCUGCGUUCGCAGGAAAUUAAUUUAAUAGAACCCUAAGGCUACUUGAAAACGGAGACAAUGUUGGCCAACAAACUUGGGAAUUGAUGCGUCCGUGUUGGUGUGUAAACGGACUCAGUGACUCUCAACAAUGCUGGGACCUACAUGGAAGAGCUUUGCAAACGGGAUCCAAAAUUGUUGCGCUACGCUUCGGCGAUGACGGAACAAAAUAAAUGUUGGGUGUUGUUGGCUCAACAUUUUGACCGGUUUCAAACUUUGCGCAACAACUCCGAACAUCCCGCAACAACAUGCAACAGGGUGUGCAAACGGACGCAACAUGUAACAUCCAGCAAUGUUGGGAGUUGUUGGCCAACAACAUUGUGUCCGUUAGCACGGGGCUUUAGUUAUUUUCCUUGCUUUUAAAACAGAGUGUCUGCGAGUCUAGCAACGUGGACCUUUGCGGCGACAAAGGAAUCUGCAUCCCAGACUACUCCAAAGACAGCUUUACAUGUAAAUGUGACAAAGGCUACGCAGGAACAGGGUGCGGUAAGUUACAAACGUCCCAUCCCCUAGGUCUCUUCCACCUUGAGGGUUUGAAGAGGUAAGAUUCUAAUUAUUUUGCAUUAAAUGUGACUUGAAGUCGUUUAUUUAGCUGUUAACAUCUAAUUCUUCCCAAAAGAAGUCAUUUACUCGUUCUUAUUAUAAUUCAGUUCAAAGCCCGGGAGAUAAACGCCUUCUCGUAGUCCAAAGAAUAUUUAGCAAUUAUUGAAUAAGGCUGAGGAAAACUUUCGAGGCUUCGUGGUCUUAAAGAUUAACACCAUACACUCUGCUAACUGGAGCAAGACUAAUAAAUAUCAAACAUUACUGUCAAUAUAGAGCAUCAAAAUUCCGUUACGUCAGAGGUAUUUUUUACUACAUAGAGCACUUCCCAAUUGUCCGUUGACGGUUUCAAGAGUGUCCGUUAUCCGUUUUAGAGAGAUGUCCGUCUAAUAAAGUAGUCCGUUAACAGAGAGUUGACUGUAAAACGAGGGGGUGAUGAAAGAAAUCGAGACAGUACUAGAGGGCUUAAGGCGGCUCGGUUAUCACAAAUUUUGUGCCAUAACUUUUUCGGCUUUAACGCAAAGGCUACAAAAGUUUGAAAAGUCCGAAUAUACAAUUAUUUUUGAAAAGAGGUGAAGAACCUUUUGACAAUGUGUCAGCUUGGCGCGCAUAUAUCAUUGUAUAGUUUGCGACUCUUAUUUCAACUCAUUUAAAUUAAGAGUUAUAAAACAGUUUCCAAAUAAUGAUAUUUGUCGAAAGAUUAUCUGGAAAAAAGUUCACACCCAAACUCUUUUGCCUCUUUUACAUUUCAGAAUUAAUCAUAGAAGACUGCUCUAAACUUGGUCAAAGUGGUUUGGCAUCUACUGGAAUCUACUACAUCAUCCCAGAUGGUGGCAGCCCAAUACAAGUACUCUGUGACAUGAAUACAAACAAUGGAGGUUGGACUGUCUUUCAGAGACGUUUAGACGGUUCGGUUGAUUUUUUUCAGGGCUGGGAAUCAUACAAAAAUGGGUUUGGAGAUCUAAACGGUGAGUUCUGGCUUGGAAACGACAAUCUUCAUCGUUUGACAGCUUCUGAUGACGUCAUGAUAAGAGUUGACUUGGAGGACUUCGAUGGCAACAUAACAUACGCAGAGUAUACAACAUUUCAAAUAGAUGACGAAGCAGAUAAAUACAGGAUUACGAUUGGAGGAUACAAUGGUACGGCUGGAGACUCGAUGGUAGAUAACGGAGGGCAGACACAAAGGCAAGCAAAUAUUUCGCCGGUAAUUAAUUUGUAGCAACAGAAAAAAAGACCAAUACCACGCUUAUAACUGGCUCCCCCACUUACAAGCCACCCCCAGUUAUAAACCCAUCUAUAGACCCGUAAACACACAAAAUACAUCCGAUUACAAGCCUCCGGAUAUGAUUGAAAGGCUUGUUUCAAACGUCGUGCUACUGCCGUGCUAAGCUGAAUCUACUGUAGCUCGACUGCAGCACGACACUAGCACGACUUGGUUUCAGGUCGAAUUUAAUUCAGUCGAAUAGAACGGCUGUUGCCUAAAACAAAACACAAAAAUAAAGAAACGGUUUAGCAAACUUUAAAUGUAUUCUUAUGUAUUUAUAAUUUAUGAAUUGAGUUCGGCACGGCAGUAGCGCGACGUUUGAAACCAAGUGGAGCUACUGCCGUGUAGCAGGGCAACGCUUGCCAUGCUACACGGCAGUAGCACAACUUGGUUUCUAGCGCUGCGCUACUGCUGUGCUUAAGUCGAUUUUAAUUCGAUCAAUUUAGUUCGGCACGGCAGCAGCACGACGUUUAAAACGGGCCUAAGCCCCUUACAAAUCUAUUGAAUUCGAUUUAUUAUCAAUGACAUUUUAAAGCUUAAUUAAAAACCAGUAAAUGCAAAACGUAUUAGGACUGCUAUAUCUUGUUUCAAAGAGCUGUUUCUAUUUCGGUAAUACAACACCUGGGAUAUAGCCCCUCUGUUUAUAAGCCCUUCUACAUCCCUUACGAAGAUGUUUAGGCCCAAGGAGAAGAGGCAGUUAAAGGCCGUACUAUCAAAUCAGCAGUCUUUCAUAUACUUUCUUUACAGCUCACCUUACACUGCUGUUACAAGUCUUUUUACCCUUACAAUAAGUGAUCGCCAACGCUGACCACCUCAUAGAUAGAUACCUUCUCUCUGAUAUUCAAACCAUUUUAUUAAUUUGUAGAGUCAAGUAGACUCGUAAUCGACCACAGCCACAUAAGUGGCAUCUGUAUUUUAACUGCAGGUGUAGCAGUGAGCUGAAAUGCACAAAGCCUUUACUUCGGAAGCAUGAUGCGUAUUACUCGAAUCACCUCAUGUUGGGCAGGGGAAUUUCGCUUGCGGAAUAUGGAAUCCUGGUUUUUAGAAUCCGGAAUGUAGCUCAAGAAAUCUGGAAUUCAGAAUCUAAGACUAGCUUGGAUUCCCUUGUAUGGGACGACUCGUAAAUCCUAAAUCAAAAUCCACCUUGAAAUCCACCUCGAGAUCCUUUCUUCAAAUCCUAACUCGGUAAAUAGAUCACCUCCUGACAAACAAAUCUCUUUGUUUAAUUUCUGCCAUUAUCAAACUGUGACUUUUUUCUGCAGUAAUUUACAGUUUUCAACCAAAGAUGUCGACAAUGAUCUGUAUGACCCUGACAAUUGCGCUGCUUUACUCAGUGGAGCAUGGUGGUACCACUCCUGCAGUUGGGCCAAUCUAAAUGGUUUGUAUCGUCGAGGAACUUAUAAUUCCAGCUACUUGCCCCACGGAGUAAAAUGGGUCACGUUUAGAGGACAAUAUUAUUCUUUGAAACGCACUGAGAUGAAAUUAAAGCCUAAACCAUAA